AUGACGUCCAAAACCUUGGAGCUCUCGGAUAUCUUCGAGAGUGCAUGGGAGACUAUCUGUGCGUCGCUUCCAAGGCUCCUGUUAGUAAAGAAUGGAGGAAAGGGCACGACAAAGAGCAGCAUGCGCCACAUGUUCGAGGGUCAUUUGGGGGAGUGGAACAUCCAAGACGAGCUGGAGGACUUCUUAGCUGCUAUCAAGCCAAGUUUCGAUAACUGCCCAGCCAUGACGAACGUGAACACUCCGGUGAUUCUCGUAUAUCAUCCAGACUUCGUCGCAGACGAGGGGGUUACAAUGGCGGCUGAAAUCGACGUCGAUGGGCGCAUCAAGCAAAAUCUGGCAACGCCAGUGCGAACGGUUUUACAUGCGCUUGCAAGAUGCAGAUCCGAAGCCGAUGCAAUGCUCCUGCCCAUUCACAUUGAAUGCUCCAGCUCUAAAGGUGAGGAUGUCAAAUCACGCCCGAAAGACCAGGAGCCCGACCUCAUCCUCAAUGUUUCCGACUCGAACGGCGGCGAUGAGACAGUGCGCAUCAUAGGAGAAUUCAAGAUGUGCACGACUCAUAAUCUAGCCAAGAUGAUCAAGGAUCCCGCCUCUAAAAACCCAGGAUCGUUGCGCAACCUUCUUGGGCAGCCCGCCAAGUAUAUGUACAAACACAAGAUCAAGUACGGCUUCGUCUCGACUUACAAUGAGACCAUCUUUCUCAGGAUCGAACCGCGCAAAUCCAAUCCGGAAGAGUAUGGUCUUUAUUACUCGCCCGUCUUCCGCUACGAUACCCCGACUUGUGUGGACGAGGGGAACAACGUACACACAUUCGGUACCCGCUUCACAACUCUCUUUAUGUUACACAAGGUCGUCGAUGAUGGAGGUGAAGGCUGGAGGUUGAAAGCGAGCGAUAUUCCGAAGCAAGAUGAUUGGUACUCUCGGACGGUUGCUGCCAACACUCCCUCAGCAGCUGUAGGGUCGCCCUACCUCGGCAAAACACCACUCUUACCCUCCGAAUCACCACCCUUACCCUCCAAAUCACCACCCUUACCCUCCAAAUCCAUGAUUCGGCGACUGCGUUCCAGGAAUCAGCUCUCAAACGUUCUGACACCUAUCAAAGAAUCGCCCAUGAAAGCUGCGAAUGCGAUCAAAAAGACGGUAAAAGGACUGAAAGACAACUUGAAGCGGUCCAGGGCACAGAACACAAAGAAUAGCCCGUCACCAAAGCCCAGGUCUCCGCGCAAGGUCAGCUGGGCAAAGACUCCUCCCCAAAGUGCCGAGAACUCCGAGGUUACAGAGUCAGCGCGCAGUCUUGAGGUGGCUGAUAUCGACGAUGGCGAUGAUAGCGAAUACAUCGACGAUGGUUUUGACCCGUCUGACGAUACUGAUGGACCUGAUGAGUUUGAUGAAGCGGGAGCGCAGGCUGAGAACCUUGUUCAGCUGCGUAGACUGGACCCGAGUACACCAACGCCAAUGAGUAGAAGGUGA